UCGGUUUUAUGGAAACAACUGCACUUCCAAAGUGAUAAAGACAAGGCAGCUUUGUUUGAAUAGGGAUGCUGCUUUCAUCUCCUGCAUCAAGCCGCCGGAACCCUUUUAAAGAUCAGCUCAGUUUUCACCAAAACAAUAGAAGGACUGACCGGCCAGUGAUACAAGUACUGAAGUUGUUCACCCCUCUAUUGGCUCAGGUCCUGCUGAGGGUCAUCAUGAAACCUUGCUCUUGGCUCGGCUACUGAAACUAGGAAGAAGUAACCCCCCGAUGAUAUAAUAUACUCUAACAGAUUCAUACAUUAGACCGGAUUGCAAGAUUGAUGCUUUCAGAUGAAAAACAGCCAGCAAAAUGUCAAAAUGUGGACUACAGCCAGGUGUCUCCUCCAGUAUGGACAGUGGAACCUUCUUUUGUUUGCAUAAGUAAAGCUUUGAAGGAUGUGGAAAAAUAAACGCAAAGGCAUGAUUCCACGAUAGACUUUUUUAUGGGAAAGCCUCUGACUACAAACUACUGGGAAUUUUUGCUUUCACACGAAAACCAUUGGAAUCUCAAGGCAAUUUGACAGCAGAUUAGAGAUUCCUAGAACACUUUCUCGCACUGCAGGACACUUGGAAUUCUGACUUGUAGUGAGAUUAAACAGUUAAUUUAGGAGCUUCCCAAACACGGCAUUAUUGGAAGGCACUUGACAUCAGUGCCAGUUUAUUAGAAACAUUUUUACUUUUUUUAACAGUAAUAAGUAUUGAAACCUGGUAAGUACAAAGGUGUAUAAAUGAGGAGCUUUUGUCUGAAAUUGUCUGAAUUGGCAUGGAUAGAACCCAAGUAUGGAGGAUAAAGGGAUGCUCAUAUUUCCUCAAAGCCCUCAGGAGAGAGCCAGCGUACACUGAAUAUUCUUGGUUAUACAGCAACUCUGUGGAAAAAAGAAUGUAAAAGUACAAGCAGACUUAAAGGAGUCCAACCAAGUAUAAAAAGUUCUGCAUCCAAGUUGUGGAGCUUAUCUGGAACCAGGGGUCAGUCUCCUAUCAGCCUGAAACACUUGUCGUGAAGAGUUCUGAAUCACUCCAAGAGGUUACCCCACUGAGCUGAAUAAAAGGUGUGUAGCCUGGGAUUCAUUGGCAAAACAUGCUGGGGAACAAGAAGAAUGCUACCUACAGACCAUUACAAAUUCACGUACCAGUCCUGGGGACAAAGAUCACCAUAGUUCAAUAAGAAAUUUCACUUUACUUCUGCAAUUUUGCACUUUAUUUACAAAAAAAGCAAACACUAUUGUAGUUGUCAAAUGAGCGUAUUUGAUUCCUUGUUGGGACAAAAUUAAAUAAAUUAAGCUAGUGUUUAUUUAAUCAUCCUAAUUUGGAAUGAAAAUUGGAAUUGACUCCCCUGUUUCCUCCGAGGAUUGUAGACCAGCAAAUAAUAGCAGAUCUUGUACUCAAAGAUCAAUGCCAUGAAUUUCACUUGGAGAACGCAAUGACAUUAAAUAUAACAAGUAUGGAUGAAGACGUUUUACUUGCAGAAAGAGAUUCAUCUUUUCGAGUUCUUACAGGCUGUUUCCUUUCUGUAUUAAUUCUUUCAACUCUACUUGGUAACACCCUGGUCUGUGCAGCUGUCAUCAGGUUUCGUCACCUUCGAUCAAAAGUCACCAAUUUCUUUGUCAUUUCCUUAGCUGUAUCUGACUUAUUAGUCGCUGUCUUGGUUAUGCCAUGGAAAGCUGUUGCUGAAAUUGCCGGAUUUUGGCCCUUUGGUACUUUCUGCAAUAUCUGGGUUGCAUUUGAUAUUAUGUGUUCAACAGCUUCAAUCUUGAACCUUUGCGUCAUCAGUGUUGACCGCUAUUGGGCCAUCUCUAGUCCAUUUAGAUAUGAAAGAAAAAUGACACCAAAGGUAGCAUUUAUAAUGAUUAGUGUUGCGUGGACUUUGUCAAUCCUAAUAUCUUUCAUUCCUGUGCAGCUUAACUGGCACAAAGCAAAGACCACCAGUUUCUUUGAUCUAAACAUCACUUUACAUGGUAGGACAAUGGACAACUGCGACUCCAGUCUAAAUAGGACAUAUGCAAUAUCCUCUUCCUUGAUUAGCUUCUAUAUACCAGUGGCCAUCAUGAUUGUAACCUACACGCGGAUUUACAGAAUAGCAGCCAAACAAAUAAGGCGCAUCUCAGCUUUAGAAAGGGCAGCAGUGCAUGCCAAGAAUUGUCAGAAUAGCACUGGCAACAGGAACAGCCUUGACUGCCAGCAACCAGAAAGCUCAUUAAAGACCUCUUUUAAAAGAGAAACAAAGGUUUUAAAAACAUUAUCAGUUAUUAUGGGAGUUUUUGUAUGUUGCUGGCUGCCCUUUUUUAUAUUGAACUGCAUAGUGCCAUUUUGUGAUCCCAGUCUAACCACAAGUGGAACAGAACCUUUCUGCAUUAGUUCUACCACCUUUGAUGUGUUUGUUUGGUUUGGGUGGGCAAAUUCAUCUUUAAAUCCCAUCAUAUAUGCCUUUAAUGCUGAUUUCCGUAAAGCAUUUUCAAACCUUCUAGGCUGCUACAGGCUCUGCCCUACAUCAAACAACGUCAUAGAAACUGUCAGCAUUAAUAACAAUGGAGCUGUUGUCUACUCAUGCCAGCAAGAGCCCAAAGGUUCAAUACCAAACGAGUGCAAUUUAGUUUACCUGAUCCCACAUGCAAUUAUUUGCCCCGAAGAUGAAGUGCUGAAAAAAGAAGAUGAAAGUGGCUUGUCUAAAAGCCUGGAGAAAAUGUCUCCUGCAUUUUCAGGGAUUUUGGAUUAUGAUGCGGAUGUCUCACUAGAAAAGAUAAACCCUAUUACACAAAAUGGGCAACCAAAAACCUGAUUAAGCGUGUGGCAGGUUAACAGACAAUAAACACCGGCUCUUACACAAACACCUGCUUGAGUAAUUUUAAGUUCAACAUUGAAGUAGCUUCUCUUUUUUUCAAGAAUUCCAGUGUAUUUUUUAAGUGUGCUUCUAUUUGUGCUGUUCAGUGGAAAAUAUAAAUAAAGUGAGGCCACUGUUCAAAGUUUAACAUUGGAAAUAAUAAUAUUAAAAGAAUGUGUUUUGGAUUGUAGUUUAUAAUUUAAGAGGGUCAAGCAAAACCAUCUUAAAUAAUGUGGUUACAAACAGCUUGGGGAACAGACUAAUGGUUUCACCUUUGUGUCUAAUGUACCUGAAUGGAUUGUACAGUAUGUAAAAUAAGUACAUGCCUUUGUAAUUCCAUUUUGAAAAGCAACUGA